AUGGUGCGCAACUGCAGUUACUGUCAAUCGACAAGGGCCGAACCUGCCAAAGUUCCUACGCAUUGCUGGGAGUCACCGUCGAGGCCGUUUGACCGCAUACAUGUGGAUUUUGCAGGGCCGUUUAAGAACACGUACUUUAUCGUGCUUGUGGACGCCUACACGAAAUGGCCUGAGGUGCGCAUUCUUAACAACAUCACCACUACAACCACAAUUCAGGUCUGCAGAGAAUAUUUCGCAACGUACGGAAUCCCUUCGGUUAUGGUGAGUGAUCAUGGAGUACAAUUUACUUCUGAAGAGUUCCAGAAAUUCUUGAAGAUGAACGGAGUUUAUCAUAAAAUGGGGGCGCCAUAUCACCCAUCAACCAACGGGCAAGCCGAACGAUUUGUUCAGACGUUCAAGGCGAAGUUAAAGAGUCUGCAGUGCGACAGAAGUACGAUGCAUACCGAAUUGUGCAACAUACUUCUUGUUUAUCGAAAGACCAUACACCCUGCCACUGGUAAAUCACCGUCCAUGAUGUUGUAUAACCGACAAAUUCGAUCACGUCUAGAUCUGAUGGUCCCGGAUAAUGUUGCUGAAACAAAGGAAGUUGUCGGCAAAGUGCGUGACCUACUCAACGGAGCAAGAGUUGCAGCGAGAGAUUACCUCGAUAAGGAAAAGUGGAAGUUUGGUGUGGUUUCAGAGAAACUGGGAAAACUGCAUUACUACAUUCGUCUCGACGACGGCAGGACAUGGAAGAGGCACAUUGAUCAGCUCAGAGAAGUUGGUCCAACUCUGCCGAACCGAAGAGAUAUACCAGUUGUUAUCAAGGAUGUACCUGCUGAAACUGUGCAAACAGAUGAUCUUGAUCCAGAAUUGACAGCAACGACCAGUGCGACGCAAAAAGUAGGAGCGACUACUACGAUGGGUCCGAAGGAAUCGCCAUCAGAAUCCGCUGGUGUAACAGAGAAACAAAUCGACAAAGUAACCUCCGGUUCAAGGACUGCCAACACAAGUCAUCCCAACCAGACAGACUAUCGACAAUCGCCAAGAAAAUCGGGUCGAGUAAUCCGACCGCCCAGUAGAUUGAACCUUUAA